AUGAAAUCUCUGACUUCUGCAAACUUCGAGGAUUGCCUGCUGAAGAAGGUGGACUUAAGACGCCAGCUGAUUUCCCAGACUAUGAGGGAAGUACAGAAAGUCGUCCACUGUUUGACCACAGAUAUCAGCUGCCAUGACAUUAGGUUUCAAGCUGUCCCUUACUCUGACACCUACAAUGGGAACAUUAAGGUUUUGACCCCCAGACACUUCCUCGUCACAGUCCCGAUGAAAGGCCUGGCUGGGUACAGGGAGGUCAAGGAGGGCCACUGGCGGUAUUACACCCUGCAGGGCGACAGGCUUUCCACCCAUGUGCGGUGCCCAGAGGACCUGCAGCAGUGGCUGGAGGUGGAGCAGUUUAUGAAGAGCCUAUGGCAGUGGCACGAGGCAGAUGUGACCAUCCAAGGUGACAUUGUGCCCGCCAAGGUCCUCCAGGUGUUCCAGAAGCUGGUGGAAAAUGCUGUUACAACCUGUCACCUCUCAGGUAAGGUCAGCAUGCUAGAGAGAUUUGGCUCUGUGGUUUCUGUUGCCGUGGAAACAUCUGCAUGUCAAGUGGAAAUAGAGCUGGUCCCUGCCGUGGAAAUCCCCACCUCCUGGUCUGCAAAAGCCCGGUGGCCCCGAUGUCUGAAGCGUUGGCCUUCCCAGGAGACAGUGGAGUGCAUUAAGUCAUUUGGGUUUAGCUUGUUGGCCCGUUCGAAUUAUCACUGGCAGCUGAACUUCUUCCGGGCCGAGCAAGCACUGUUGGAACUGCUGGAUGAGGACGGGGGCUGUCGCAGGAAGUGCUUCCAGGUCAUGCGGCAGAUGAAGGAGGAUGUCUGGUGUCCAGGGCAGAGGCCGGUUCUCACAUCCCACCAUCUGCAGACUGUGCUCUUUUGGACUUGCGAGAAAUAUCCUCACUCCAAGGACUGGCAGGUUUUCAGCGAAUCGUUCCUGCGCCUGGUACAGAAACUGCACAAGUGUGUGAGCCAGCACUUUCUGAAACACUAUUUUGUGCACAAGAGCAACCUCCUCCGGUAUGCCAGCUCGGUGGAACUGGAAGCUGUGGCCCAAAGACUGGCCUCUUUUCUGAAGAACCCCAAGAUCAGCCUGCCCUGA